AGUAGCAGCUGAAAUGGUCAAACUUAACAAAACAGACAUGGCACAGAAACUUGAACAAGUAAAAGAAGUGAACAGAAAGAGAGGUGUACCAGAAAAUGAAAUCAACAUAACUGUGGAUGCUAGAUACAACAGCAAUACAAUUGUUAGUAAAAAGAAGCCCGGUCAGAAUGCCACUCAAGCAUUCGCACUUGGUAUUGAAACAAUGACAGACAGAAAGUUUAUUGUAGCUGCAGUUGUGCAGAAUAAGAUGUGCUGGAAAGGGGCUUGGCUUAGAGGGAAAGGCUUUCCAAUAGAAUGUCCUGGCCAUGAAGAAUGUACUUCAAAUUUAUACAGAGCUGCUGCCCUGUCAGAGUAUGAGCUGGGAAAAGAGAUGGGAAACCAGCUAGGACUACAGAAAUUUCUUGUACGGUAUGUGACUACAGAUGGAGAUGGACGUUCAGCUAGAGGUAUUGAAGAUGCUAUUAAAGCUCUGGAACCAAUGUGGGAGGUAGAAAGACUCGCAGAUCCAGUACAUUUGGGGCAGUCUCAAUUCAGGGCCUCUAAUCGUGCUCAAUACAGUGCGGGAAUGUUCCAUGGUAAAACAAAAGAAGAAAAUAGACAACUAAAGACAGUGUUUAGCAAAGAUAUUAAGUGCAGAUGCUCCAUGAUAAUUAAUAAACUGAUGGAAAAGUACGACAAAAACAUUGAUGAUAUGAGUAAAGACUUACCAAAAGUUCUAGAUGCAACUCUUCGCUGCUAUGAUGGUGACUGCACCCUGUGUCAGGAACAUUCCAUUGUCUGCAAAGGUGAUGCUGCACUUAACUGGUGGAGUCGUUCCCAUUACUUGUCCACAUACCAAAUCACUGCCCUGCAAAUGGAUAAAACAGACAAAUUUUUACUACAAGAAAUCCUGAAAAUGAAACUAACAAAAGCAGCUGUUGAAAGUAUGAGACUGUAUGACAAUACAAACAAAAAUGAAGGAGUUCACAGAGCAAUGAGUGUAAAUUUGCCAAAAAAUGUAAUUUACUCCAAAAACAUGGAAGGACGACUUGCCUCAGGUGUACAUCGAAAUAACAACAUGCCAGGAACUUCAACCCAACUGAAAUGUAAGAAUCUAGGAGUAGACCUUUCAACUAGAAGUCAACUUUACCUGAAGAAAAUGGACACUAACUUCAAAUACAGUCAGGAUUAUGAACUGAGACCAGCAGUUCAAGAAAGGAGAUUAAAGCAGAAUGCAGAAAAGUUAGCCGAGCACAAAACAUGGAGGGAAAUGAAUAAAAAGCAUGAUUAUUACUGUAAAGACCAAUUAGAUCCACAGCCUGCCUUACAGUUCCAGGACCAUGACAGCUACUGCAAACCAAAGCUCAAUGCAAGACCUGCUGCUGACAGAGAUACCAGCUGAUCCACCUAAAGACCAACAGCAAACAGAAUCAUAAAAGGUCCUUUUAAGGGCCACACAAAUAUUAAAAAAAGAAUCUGAAUUUGUUGUACAUCAGUCUUGAAAUUUCUUUUCUUUUUCUCCCUCAUUUCAAUUUUUUGCCAGCCCUUCCCUUGGAAUAUUAAAAUAAAUGUACCCAAUUAAUAUUUUACCCAAAUUAUUAUUAUC